AUGGUGACCACGUGGUAUAUAUGGGCGGCGCUGCUUGCUGCAACAGUAGCAGCUCAGGAACCCUUCUCACUCGAUGAUUUUCUCUCUGGUUCCUUUUCUCAAAGGGGAUUCACGGGCACUUGGAUUUCAGACACUGAAUUUACGUUCACCGUUCCGGGGGAAACGGCUGUCUACGUGUUUGACGUACCAACACUGAGUAGAAAUGUUUUGGUUCCUGCAGAGCUUAUGGACCUCCUCAACACAAAUAGCCCAGUUUUGUCACAAGAUAGGAAAUUUAUCUUAGCACCGAGUGAAGUUGAAUCGGUAUACCGUUAUUCUAGGACUGCGAAAUAUUCUCUUUUUAAUAUUGAAACACGUAAUACUUUCAAUAUUUCAAACCACGAGCGUCUGCAGCUGUGUAUUUUUGGAGCUGGACACUCCCUAGCCUAUGUACUAAACAACGAUCUGUACUAUCUACCACAAAACUCGGAAACGCCAAUAAGAAUCACAAAUGAUGGUGAACCAACGGUUAUAUACAACGGGCAUACCGAUUGGGUAUACGAGGAGGACGUCAUGUACACUGGACAAGCGACAUGGUUUUCUCCUGAUGGAAAUUAUUUGGCGUUUGCAAGCUUUAAUGACACCCUCGUUGGCACUUACUCUUACUAUUAUUAUGAAGAUAAGAGUGACCCGGAUGAUUUAUACCCGGAGUUGAUUGAUCUCAAAUAUCCUAAGGCUGGAACCACUAACCCAGCAGUGACACUUCGCGUCGUGGAUUUGAGAAAUAUCCAAAGCGCCGUAAACUUCAUUGUUUUGGAAGCACCAGAGGAGGUCGGCGAAGACCAUAUUUUGGGUGGGGUGACCUGGCCAACUGCCAAUGAAAUAGCAGCUCAUUGGUUGAACAGGCGUCAAAAUAAGACCGUGCUAAGGAUUUAUAAUGUUCAAACUAACACUUUUGAGGACGAAAUUCGCGAAGAAACGAACGGAUGGGUGCCAAUCGCGUUGCCCCAGUUCAGCAAAGCUGGAGACUUUUACGUAUCAACCCGUUGGUCCCUCGAGCAGGUGGACGAUAAUGUGUGGCAGCACUUGUAUGUGACUAUGAGGGUCAAUGGCACCCACGUGUCGAGUUCUGUUACACCUGGAGCGAGGACCAUCAACGCUUUCGUUGGUAUGGAUGAAGAGAAUUUGGCAUAUUACUACACAAGUACAUUACCUGGUAAGCCGUGGCAGUCUGCAGUACACAUAGCGGGUUCAAGAAUUGGGUGUCUAACCUGCGAGCUGCAGUUGCCAGAUGGUGGUCCCUGCACUUGGGCUACAGCUACUGCCAGUCUCGGUGGAACCUAUCUCAGUAUUACAUGCAGUUCUCCAGAUGAACCCUCCGCUACUUAUAUCUAUCAGCCGUUGACACAAACAAUUCUAUACCCCUGGGAGAGGAACGAUGAAUUACGUGUGAAUCUACGGAACAAAACUAAGCCUGGCUCCAUCAUCACGACGGUUCCCCUCCAGAAUGGAUAUCCAGCGCCGGUGAGGCUGUUCCUCCCACCCGGACUCAACCCCAACGAUACCACAACUAAGUAUCCCAUGGUGUUCUACGUUUAUUCUGGCCCCAACACUAACACAGUGUAUGAUACUUUUACAGUAGGAUACCAUUCUUACUUGACCACAAGUCGCAACACAAUCUACAUGUUAGCAGACGGUCGGGGUGCAGGUUUGAAUGGGCGAGAUAUUUUGUUCUCCAUUAACAACGCCCUUGGAACUGCUGAAAUUGAAGAUCAUUCUGUCAUUUUGAGCCAAAUACUAGACCGCUACGGUUUCAUAGAUCGCAACCGUGUCGGAAUUUGGGGCCACAGUUAUGGUGGUUAUGCGACUCUUCUCACUCUUAUCAAAGAUCAAGCUAACCUGUUCCAAUGCGGAGUUUCCAGUGCGCCAGUUACUUCUUGGUUAUAUUACAAUACAAUGUACACCGAAAGAUACAUGGGUCUUCCAACAGCCGAUGAUAACUUGUCGGGCUAUGAUCGCGGCGACGUCACAAAACUAGUGGAGAGCCUGCGCGGGCGCAACUUCUUCUUGAUGCACGGCAAUGCUGACGAUAAUGUGCACUACCAGAAUGCAGCGAAAUUAAUGAAGAGUCUACAGGAGUUGAAUAUUCCUUUUGAACAAAUGUCCUACCCAGAUGAAGCGCACAGUCUGCGAGGUGUCAACCCGCACAGAUACAAAACAAUGAAUCGAUACUGGGAGAAGUGUAUACAAAUGCCAGAAGAAGAUGUGUCGUCUCUUUGA